UGUAAUUUACCACCGGGAGUUGGAUAAUCAUUUUCCCAAAAUUUUGGGGUGUCCCGUGCGUCUGCCCCUGAACAAAAGGAGGGUGAAGUCUUGAGGGAGUUCUACGAGAGGUGGCUCUUGGUAGCCCUGGUGGUAAAGGAUGCCCAGCCUUCGGUGUUGGGAUGUUGCUUGAAUGAAUGCACCUCCAGUGAAGAACUUUGUAGGGCGAUGGCAAAGAGAGAUGUGGUAUCCACGAAAUACUUGGACCAUAGGGUGCAAAAGGUAAUUAUGUUGGAAGAAACCUUGGCAGCAAGAAGAGCGGAUAGGCGACGAACAAGAGGAAACGAGUGCGAGAAUUCAUGGAGGCAGGUGCCUCCCCUAGGGCCAGUGCAUACUUCCGCAAGUUAUGCGCCUGCAAGAAGGGUGGACAUCGGGUUCCUCCAGCCGCAAGGGGCGGGCUCCUUCACGGAAUUUAACGAUACGCUGAAGAACGUGCUCCAUUACGUCAAAGAGAAGGGAUAUCAUGUCCGGUGGCUAGGACCAAUGAGAGGGUAGCCCAAUAAGCGGAAUAUGGAUCGGUACUAUGACUUCCAACUGGAGAGUGAGCACCAUACCGCCUAUUGCUAUCAACUGAAGACGGAGCUGCAGGGCUUGGUGAACAGAGGAAUGCUCAACGAUUUCAUCAGAGAACCUGAGAAAAAGACGCAUAGCGCUUGUGUAGCCAGGGCAUAAUUGAUGAUGGUAGAGUUGCCCCCACCACCAUACGACCUCGACCAAGACAAGGCGCCUGAGCGGGUGCGGCUCACGGUGGAAUCUAUCACAGGGUCGAUCGACUUAAGUGAAAAAUUGGAAGCAAACCAUCGUUUAAGGACAACUUCGGUGGGCGCCUAGGAGGCAAUCAACAUUUGCUUCAACCAGACGCCUGAUGAAGCAUGUAGGCUUCUGUCCAUGGACGCGCUGGAGAUAUACGGAGUGGUUGGGGGUUGCAAGGUGAAAAGGAUGCUUGUAGACACAGGAAGCUCGAUGGACGUGUUGUUUAAAGACAUAGUGGCGCACAUGCAGUUGUCGCCAGAUUUGAUUCAACCCUCAAACUUUGUAUUAAUUGGAUUUUCUGGGGCGCCCGCAAGGGUGAUUGACCGUGUGCGCCUGCCUGUAACCCUGGGAGACAAGGAGCAAAGGGUCACUCACGUCAUAGAUUUUGGAAUAGUGGACUGUCCACCCCGUACAACGCAAUACUUGGCAGACCCUUCCUGGCCAUGUUUAACGUAGUGGCGUCCAUAUGGCAUCAGAUCCUAAAAUUCAUCGCCGCUCAAGGACCGGGGGUGGCCUGAGUGCAAAGCGCCCUAUGUUACGAUCGUGAGACGGAAGAUAAGCGUCUAUGUAAGGACAUGAGAGUCAACGUGGUGGACAUUACGCCGGAGGAGGCGCCUCGGGUUGAGGCCGCAGACGAAAAUCUUCUGAUUCUUUUGGAGGAAGGUUGCCUCGAGAGACAAGUGCGGGUAUUGGCACAGGCGCCCAUGGAAAUGAGGAAAAAAUUAGUCGACCUUUUGUGAGAGUUUGGCUAACUCUUCGCAUGGAGCGCUAUGGAGAUGCCUGGUGUUGUGCCCGAAACGGAGAUCCAUAGGUUGGCAGUUGAGGAAGGAAAGGGAAUUAUCCAGCAGAAGCGAAGAAAUCUGUCACAAGAAAAGGAGGUGGCCCUCCAGGUGGAAGUAGACAAACUGCUUGGAGCUAACCUAGUGGAAGAGGCCAUGUACGUUACGUGGCUGUCAAACGUGGUCUUGGUCGCUUCUUGGGCUUCAUGAUCACGAAGCAAGGCAUCGAGGCCAACCCAAAACAGGUACAUGUGAUUGUCAAAUUGGCAUCUCCAAAAACACCUAAGGAGGUGCAAGGCCUAGCGGGCAGGCUAGCAGCGUUGGGGCGCUUCAUACCAAGGUCGUCCGAUAAGGUGGCCCCUUUCUUUCGAACACUUAAGAAGGCAAUGAAUUUCUCUUGGAACGCCAAGUGCGAUGAAGAAUUUGAUGAGCUCAAGCACCUACUGGCCACACCAACUGUGAUGACGGCACCUAAAGCCGGGGAGACGUUGUACCUGUACAUCGCCAUCUCUGAAAUUUCGGUGAGUGCAGCCUUAAUCUCGAGGGUGGCGCCUAAGGGAGAGGAGAAGCUGGUAUACUAUGUCAGCCGAACAAUGGUAGCACACGAAAAGCAGUACGCUCCCAUUGAGAAGGCUGCGUUGGCGGUCGUCACGACAGCGACCAAGCUUAGACCAUAUUUCCAGGCACACUUCAUCAUUGUGCUCACCAAUCUCCCUCUAAAGUCUACGUUGAGCUAAAUAUACGUGGCGGGGCGCCUCAUCAAAUGGGCCGUUCAAUUGAGCGAGUUUGGCAUACAAUAUGCGACCCGACCAGCGAUCAAGGCUCAAGUACUGUCGGACUUCGUCGAGAAAGGUUUGGUUGCGACAGAGACGGGCGGCGAGGACAGUUGGCAAGUUCAAGUGGAUGGAGAGGCCAGCCGCACCGGGGCCGAGGCAGGAAUGUGAUCAUUAGCCCCAUGGGGGCGAUGCAUGAGGUUGCACUACGCUUUGCAUUGAUGAAAACCAACAAUGUUACUGAGUAUGAGGCGGUCAUCGUCGAUCUGCACAUGGCCAGGGAGUUGGGCGCCCAGAAGGUGCACGUCAAGUCCGACUCGGCUCUCAUAAUCAACCAGCUCAAGGGGGUUUUCAAAGUCAAAGAAGAUGCGCUUUAAAGUUAUGUGCGAAGGGUAAAAGAGAUGGGCGCCUGGUUUAGCGAGGUCGUGUUCACGCAUAUUCCAAGAGAAGAGAACGCUCACGUGGACGCCUUGUCAAAACUAGCAACCGCUCUUGAUUUCGCAGAGGAACGGAAGGUUAUUGUCACAAGGGAGGUGUCACAAGAACAUCUGAUGGGCGCCCUAACCUAUGCAAGUGCAAGUGGUGGUUGGAUGAGCUCCCUGGAGUUGUUUUAACCCAAGGCAUAGUGCCCAAAGACUCAAGAGAGGCAUGGCGCCUCCGUAGAAAGGCAG